AUGGAUAGGAAGAGGCUUAGGAAUACUAGGAAUUGUAGUGAAAAUGUAAGAAACUCCAUCCUAGAUAAAAGAGCAACAAAUUUAUUUAAGAAAGCUGAAGAGUUUUCUAUUCUAUGUGAUUUAGAUGUCGCUAUAAUAAUUUUUAGCCCAGGGGAAAUUCAACCCAUUGUUUGGAAAUCUGAAAGGUUAAUAUGCAAGAAAAAAGAAUUAGCAAAAAUUUUGAAAAUCAACGAGGAGAAAGAAAUGGAACUCCUCUUCAACCAACUUAUGGAGGGUAGAAGCAUCAACGAAAUUGAUUCUAGGGAAAUGCGAGGAUUUUUAAAGGUUUCUGCUGCAAAGAUGGAUAAACUUAAUGAAAGAAAAAAGCAAUUCAUUCAACAACAUCAACCUUCUCAACCUCAAAAUUAUCCCUCCAAUUCCAAGCUCGUGAAUGAAAAUGUUAACCCAUCAGCAAGUUCAAUGGAGUACUUGAUCAAUAACCCGUGGUUUUUGGAGUCUAUGACUACUAACCAAAAUGAUUUUGGCUUAGGGGCUGGAAGCGGUACAGAUCCCACACCAACUGAAGGAGAUGACAUCAAUGCUAAAGAUGAUGGACAUUCCAAAGAUCUUAAUUGA